UUUAGGAACUGCCGAUCCUCUUUGUUCGCAGCUCUGCACAAAAUGGCGACUGCUGCACCGGAUUCUGGCUCGGCAAACGCGGAAUUGGUGAGCCAGCGCCGGGCGUCGGCCACACAGAUCAAUCCAGGUGAGAUCAGCCGGCCGAUGAACCUCCAGAGGAUCGCUCAGAGGAAAACACAGGUCCGGAAUUAUCCGAAGACCAAGAAGCUGGAGAAACUGGGCGUGUACUCAAGUUGCAAGCAGGCUGAUGACUCUUGCAAAUGUAAUGGAUGGAAGAACCCGAAUCCACCGCCGACACCCACGCAGCCCAGCCGCCUGGACAUAGCCACUCCCCUUGCCAGUUUGUCGGACCCUUGCAGGAGUUGCAAUCACCAGCUAGCUGCCCACGUGUCCCAUCUGGAGAAUGUUCCAGAUGAAGAGAUCAACCGCUUGUUAGGCAUCGUCGUAGAUGUGGAGAACCUCUUCCUCUGCGUUCACAAAGAAGAGGAUGCAGACACCAAGCAGGUCUACUUCUAUCUCUUCAAACUCCUGAGGAAAUGCAUCCUUCAGAUGAGCAAACCGUCAGUGGAAGGCCCUCUGGGCAGCCCGCCGUUUGAGAAACCAAGCAUUAAUAAGGGCGUCACCAACUUUGUUGUCUACAAGUUUGGCCACCUGCCCCAGAAGGACUGGCAGACCAUGUAUGACCUGGCCAAGAUGUUCCUGCACUGCCUGAACCACUGGAAGCUGGAGACGCCCACUGUCCGAAAGCAGCGGGCUCAGACGGACGAUGUGGCCGCGUACAAAGUCAACUACACCAGGUGGUUGUGCUACUGCCACGUGCCGACGUUCUGCGACAGCCUGCCCCGCUACGAGACCACCCAUAUCUUUGGCCGCUCACUCCUGCGGUCAGUCUUCACUGUGAUGCGGCGGCAGCUACUGGACAAGUUUCGGGCUGAAAAGGACAAGAUGCCCCCCGAGAAGCGUACCCUGGUGCUGACUCACUUUCCAAGGUUUUUGUCCAUGUUGGAAGAGGAGGUCUACGGCCCAAAUUCACCGAUCUGGGACCCCGACUUCUCCCCUAUGCCUGGCAGUAUGCCUCUCCCAGCCACCUCCCCGACACCCGACAACGCGAGUCCCACAGCAGUUGCAAAUACAACGUCCACUGGUGCGAUAGCUGCAGGACGCACUACGACAGCAACCACAGCCUCAUCCACCGACAGCAGUACCUCGUUCAACCUCAGUCCCGGCCUGGUCAGUAGCAAGAAGACAGGGAAGAAUGGAGAUACGGAGGACGCAGCUACGGACAAAGGGUCAGAGAAAAGAAAGUCAGAUGACUCAGAGACAAUCGAAGAUGCGAAAAGGCAGAGACUUCUAGAAGAUGAUAUUCCAAUGAAGGUUGUGAGCGAGGUGCUGUCAACAAUCACCGAUCCUGCUGCCAUGGUGGGCCCAGAGAGUAGCCUGUUCUCGGCACACGCUGCCCGCGAUGAGGCAGCACGUAACGAGGAGCGUCGGGGUGUCAUCGAGUUCCACGUCAUCGGCAACUCCAUCACGCGCAAGCCAUCGCGUCAGACGCUCAUCUGGCUGAUCGGUUUGCAGAAUGUGUUUUCCCACCAGCUCCCCAGAAUGCCUAAGGAAUACAUCACCAGACUGGUGUUUGAUACCAAGCACAAGACGUUGGCCCUCGUCAAGGACGGCCGGGUCAUCGGUGGCAUCUGCUUCCGCAUGUUCCCCACCCAGGGCUUCACCGAGAUCGUCUUCUGCGCCGUGACCUCCAACGAGCAGGUCAAAGGUUAUGGCACCCACCUCAUGAACCACCUCAAGGACUACCACAUCAAGCAUGGCCUGCUGCACUUUCUGACCUUUGCCGAUGAGUACGCCAUUGGAUACUUCAAGAAACAGGGCUUCUCCAAGGAGAUCAAGCUGCCCAAGUCAGCCUACGUGGGCUACAUCAAGGACUACGAGGGCGCCACGCUGAUGGGCUGCCAGCUCAACCCCCGCAUCCCCCACACCGAGUUCUCCCAGAUCAUCAGGCGGCAGAAGGAGAUUGUCAAGAAGCUGAUAGAACGGAAACAAGAGGAGGUACGUAAGGUGUACCCGGGGCUGACCUGCUUCAAGGAAGGAGUGAGGCAGAUACCCUUGGAGAGCAUCCCUGGCCUCGUUGAGGCAGGCUGGAGGCCUCCCAAGGAGAAACCGCCGCCCACCAAGCUGUCCAACAUGAGCGAAGAGCAAGUGCUCCAGCUGUUCAAGACAGUACUGACUGCGACCAAGAACCACACCAGUGCUUGGCCCUUCCUGAAGCCCGUGGAGGUCAUUGAGGCACCAGACUACUACGAUCACAUCAAGUAUCCAAUGGAUUUGAAGACCAUGACAGAGAGGUUGAAGAACAAGUACUACUGCUCCAAGAAACUAUUUAUAGCUGACAUGCAGCGGAUCUUCAGCAAUUGCCGGGCGUACAACGCGGCCGACACAGAAUACGUCAAGUGCGCCAACACGCUUGAACGCUUUUUCUUCAACAAGAUCCGAGAAUAUGGGAUCAUAGAGAAGUGAAAACAAUCAUCCAGGAUGUUGUUUUUUGGCCAAGGGGGCAGUCUUGAAAUGGUCUGCACCCAGUACUCCAAUUAUUUUGUGAAGAAAAUCGUCCACUUUGACGGUAUUUCAUAUUCAAAUUAGCUGUUGGGAAGCUCCGGGUAUUUAUUUAUUCCUGGUACCGGGCCAGGGAGACUUCAGCUUCUCUGGGUUUGUUAGGCGGGAAUCAUUCCAGGGACAAUAAUGGAAUGUCGGUCUGAGACGUUGGAGGAAAAAUCCAGGUGGUAUUGAGGGAAGCUCAAAACAGCGAAGUCCGUGUCUGAAAUAGGCUUCUCAAGCUACGGCUUCAUCAGUGGUCAUCAUUGAUUGGCCCAGGCACACUUGUAACCAGCAGAAACUGUGACCUGGCUCGAUACAGGAUUCUGGCUCAGUCUGAAUACAAGUGCCAACAUACAACUCCAUCCACAGACUGGAGUGAAUACCAUCCAGUGCUGAAGCAAAAAACUCUAGCAUCGGGAAUAGGGGCAUUUCAUGUAAAGAUUCACAAGCCACGUAUCAGGACGUUGUUAGUAGAAAGCAAGAUUAAUUGUCAGAUUGGUUGACUUUUUUGACCAAAAUAAAUAAAAUCAUUGUGCAAAUUGA